CUCGAAUCCCUUGACCAGACUAGUUUGUCAUAGUACGUAGCUGUGAGGCGAGAAGCACGAACGUGGGCCCACAUCAUUUGCCUUGCAUUUCCAUAUUUCCGGUCUGCUGAGCCAUGUCGUCCUAUCAGCCGCUUUCAUACCCUGACGAUGAAAAGGCGUCGCUGGUGGGACGUCCGCCCCUCGGCGCGGCGCCCACGGUUUCAACCGCGCCUUCUGGCUAUCCUGACGAGCCUCACGCCGGCAUGGUCCGCCAGGGCAUGUUCUCCACUGGCCUCUUCGAGUGCUGCUCCCCGCCUGGCGAGAUGGGCCUCUGCUGCGUGGUGUGGUGGUGCCCGUGCAUCCAGUACGGCCUCAACGCCAACCGCCUGGAGUCCAUGCGCGACUACAGGACCUGCAUCAGCCGCGACCCGGACGGCGUGCCGUGCGGUGGCAACACCUGGGGUAGCUGCCUGCUGUACGGCGUCCUCGGUCUGAGCGCCAUCACCUUCGUGGGCGGCGCCGGCAGCAGUGGCCUGCCGCCGCUGUGCGUGUGCGCGCUGCCCCUGUACGUGCCGCUGCACCUGCAGCUGCGCACCUACCUGCGCAAGAAGUACGGCAUCCAGGGCGAGGUGACGCACACCUGCCUUGUGGACUCGCUGUCGGUGUGGUGCUGCGCCCCCUGCGCCAUCUGCCAGGACGCGCGUGAGAUUAUGAUCCGUGAGGCCGCCCAGCGCGCCGACUACGUGCGAGCGGCCACGGGGGCCGCCGGCGGCAGCGGCGGCUCCUUCGCUGCGCCGCCGCCGCCGCCGCCGCCACACAUGACGCCGCCGCCGCACGUGCCGUACGGGCAGCCGCAGAUGGCCUAUGCAGUGGUCAACCCGCACCCACACGUGCCCAUGGCCGGCGACGGCGCCGCCACGGACGCUGUCGCCACCGGCUUCCCCGUAACAGGCGUGCCGGUGGCGCCGCCCCCCGGCAAGCACGACUAAGCUGGCGGUGCGAGCUGAGCUGGGGCGAGGCGGGGUGAGGCAAGGAGGAGGAAGCGGAGGAGGCGGAGGACGCCGCGUGGCAGGAGCGGCGGACCACACUGACCCCGAUGGCGAAGGGCUGAACGGAUGGACAGACACACACACACACACACACACACACACACACACAAACACACACACGCAACUUAUCACAACGGUUCAGGAGCGGCAAUGUGUGAAUAGCCCCGGGCGGUGUGAGUGCGCGCUGUGUGUUGGCUGUAGCAGGCAAGCAGGUGGAAUACUGAUGCGUGGCGGGGCACCCUUGGAGGACGCGAUGCACGCUGUGCGCGACUGAUGUGUCAACUGGUUUGGUGUGGGCGCGUGUGCGUGCCGAGCCUUUGCGUGACUCACCGGGGGCACUUAAUCACGGAGCCCACUGUCUUUCUUGCUGCGGCAUUCUACAUUUGGGGGGUGCGACUGGGACUGGUGACGCUCGCAAUGCAUCGAACUACAUCGCAUUCAUCAGGCACUGGCGAGUGGCGACCGCACACGGCGUUGCAUGAUUGCCGCGUGGGUGCUGGCGGGUCGGCCAACGCGUGUAUGUUCCACAAUGAGUCAAUGACGGAGCCAGAUGGCACGCGCGGCCCGCAGUGUCUUCCGGGUGUGUAGCCAGUGCCGAUGCGCCGUGUCGUGUGUGGUACGGCGGCGCAUGCGCAGCAUACGGUAGCAUAGCGAAGGGCAACCAGCAUUUGUACUAAAAGCGACAGUACCGCAAGCUGGGCGAGUGCAGUACUUGGUGAGCUUUCCACGCAGGCGCUCCCCCGCGUGGAGCAUUGAAAUUCCUACUGAGCUUCCUUGCCGGUAAGGGGAAGGGGACGUCCUUGUAUGUACUGCUGAAGUCCUUGUAUGUAAACAUUCCCUGGC